AGCAUGCUAUCUGUGAGCGAUUGACGACAGUAGUGGUGGAAGUAAGGGCGGCGCAUGCUCGUUUCUCUCCAUCGAACGACAACCUCUUCCCAGAUCUGGUUUUAUCGACUCACUGCCGGUGAUGGCGACACGGCUGCAGGCGAUGGCGGUGAACGCGUACAGGCAAUGGCGAGGCAGUUGCAGUUGAUGGCGAGGUGGUUGCAGGCGAUGGCGAGAUGGUUGGCGAUGUCGAGGCGGUUGCGAGCGAUGGUGAGUCCGUUGCCGGGGAGGCUGAGGCCGGCACGGCUAAGAUCGAUGAAAGCGUAGUCGACUGGAAGGAGAAUCGACGGAGAUCAGAGUUUCUUUAGAGAGAGAAGGGGUUCUGGAUUUUUUAGAGGGAGAGAGAGAGUGAGAGGGGUGGGCGGCUGGGGAAGGAGAAAAGAAAAAAUUAUAUAUAUAUUAGAAUUUAAUGGUAUAUUUACUAAGUUAUCCUUUAGUUAGUAUAGUGCUAACCCCAUUAGAAGUUAACACCUAAUCCGAUCCCGUUAACCGUCGAUAACCAAAAUAAUUGGUCGUAAUGAUAUUAUUGCUUGUCGUACGCUAAUUUUAUGGCCAAAUUGAAUGGUCACCUAACACUCAAAUGAAUUUUCUUUUACAUCCAAAACAUUUGGUUACCAAAAGUCACAUGAGUUAGUUAUCAUUAGUAUUUGUGGCGACCGAUAGCCUAGAUUUCCCAACCAAUAGUCUGAAAAGACAACUAAACUAAAAACGAUUGCAAAAACUCAAGAUUUACUACGGACAAAAUUGGUUGCGAUAGCUUUCGCUACGAAUCAUAGUUUUAGUCGUGCUAAGAUUCGUAACAAGGAUAUAUUACCAUUUUUGCUACCAAUCUAGUCGCUAAAACGUUUAAUUAGGUAAUCAAUAUUCUUCUUUUAGGACGAAAAUUGGGGCUUAGGAUAGGGUCAGUAACCAAUGGUUACUAACCUAUGAGUAAUUAAAUUUGGACCUUUAGAUUUAAAUGGGUCUAGAAAAUUCAGAUCUAAGGGUUAUCAAUUAAAAGUAUUUUAUUUUCCCUAGUUUUCUUAAUUGGCUCUUAUCUUCUUCGUUCUAACUCGGAUUUCAAUUUUUUUUUGCACAGAUGGAACGAGUUCGUUGUGCUCUACAAAAUGAGAUCAAUUUUUAAUAUAUUUCGAGAAACUUUUUUUUAUCAACUACAUACCAUAUGGUAACUUCUUCGUUUUUAAGUCGUUUUUGAAAACGUUUGCUCAGAAGGAACGAGUUCAUCAUGAUCUAUUGGAUCUAUAAAUUUCUGGGUGAAAAAAAUACUGGAUAAAAAAUUACCAUACUUUACCACUAUGGUAUGUGAUUGGUAACUUGUGGUAAUUUGUAGUAAACGAUGAUGAAAGUCAUAAAUGACAGUUAAUAUACUCCUACUAUCAUGUAUUCAACCUUCUUACCAUAUUUGUAUGUUCAUACCAUCAUGGUACGCUUUCUUAGCAUAUGGUAUUAAAUUGGAGCAUACCAUAUGGUAAUGACUGGUAAAAAAUUAUUCAAUUUUUUUGUACUACAAAUAUAUCAAAGUGCAUAUCAUUUUGAAGAGCAUAUUUAGUCUAAUUUAUCUGUGCAAAAAAAAUUAAAUUUCGACUUAAAACGAGAGAGAAAUCGUCCAUUAAAAGAUAAAAGACUUUCCAGGAGAGAGAGGCUACUGAUGUCAUGCUGAUGUGUACAGGUUACUCAUGGUUACUGACCAUAGUGUUACUGACCUGAUCCGCUCCCGAAAAUUGGUUACGAAAACUUUUUUCGUAGAGCUCUUUUCUGUUAACACUCUACAGUUAUGACGAAGAUUAGUUAGGGACAUUACAUAGAUUUUUAGUAUUAAAAUGAAUAUAUUUUAUAACUAUAAAAUGUGUGAAAAAGUCCGCUGUCGACCCAUUUCACACCGAAACAAGGCUGUAAAACGGUGCGGUCUGGUCCAGACCAGACCACAUAUACGGUUUAUGGUCCAGACCCAGAGGUUAAAGUAUAGACGACAGACCAGAUCACAGACUAUAUGGUCUGGUCCAAACCACGCCUGUGUGGUCUGGUUCGGUCUGGUCUGGUCCAGAUAGACCACACUCAACGAAAAAUGAAUAAUUUGUUUAGUC